AUGUUUACUAAAUAUAUACAACAAAGAAUAAUAACACAUUUACUCGAUUAUGGCAAUAGUUUAAAACUAAAGGACAACGCACAACUAUUGAAGAACGAUAGUUUUAGAUGUUUCGAAAAUUGCAUGUGCUGUAGAUAUUUUGUUUGUUAUGAUUCACUGUUAGAGUUUAAUAGUAGAAACCUGUCGACUGAAUAUUCACUGUACAAAUACGACCGUAUAUCAAAUCUCUAUGUACAAGAUUCAAUGUUCAACUCUGAAUUUGAAAGUAAUGCAGGCCUACCGUUAUACGAAUUGAUAGGAAUGCUAAGUAAUCUACAAACACUGACAGUUGCUACUGAUAGUCCAAUCUUGGUUAAGGAGUUGCUCUGUAGAUUUCCAACACUAAAGAUCGAAGUCGCUAUAGAUCAAGAUUUAUCAAGUGAAAUAGUGGACUAUGACUUGUCUGGAGAUGAACGAUCGUCCAACAUUGAAUUUGUUCAUCUAAACGUCCACAAUGUUGAAGCAUACGACAGUUCUACCAAUCUCAAUCAAUUCGCAGCUGGCUAUCUUAAAGAGUGGAGAGCUAACUCCCUGCAAUUCCAAUACGGUGAAUUCAGUGGAGAGAUGAAACACCUCUCUUUCCGACUAUUGUUCAACCUGGAUUCACUCUCGAAAAUACAUAUAUUAAACGACAACGUUGACAUCUCUGAUUUAAUUGAAAUAGUAAAGCAGAGUCAUGUGGAAUGGUUCAGUUCACAUGUAUCCUAUUGCUUCCUGUAUAAAAUGGAUAGAAAUAUCAAUGGUAGCUUCGCACAGUUUGGGAACUGUGGAUGUAUGUCGUUCGAUGAUACCGAGGAGGUGUUUAAAGCAAAUGGAAUCGAACAUUGGACACAGUUUUGCAAGUCGCUCUCUAGCAAUACAACACUAAGAGAGCUGCAUCUCUCAUCGAGACAAGGUUCUCAUUCACACGAGCUGGUUGCCGACUCGGUUCAUUUUGCUUCAGAGUUACUGAGUGCUGCACUAUCAGCUAAUAAAACAAUGCAUACACUCGCCAUAUCAUGUCAAGUGUUGUCUAGCUCAUUCUACGAAGCACUCUCUCAUAACAAUAGCUCGAUUACUCAUUUGUACUUGUCACACUGUGAUUUGAAGCAUCUGGAAUACCUAAGAGAGAUGUUUAAACACACCCGAUCGAUACAGAAGCUUGCCAUUAUCAUGCCAUACGAUAAGAACUUUGACUAUACCGAAAAACAAAUGUCACGAGACCCGAAACUCAGAGAAACAAUUAUCAAACACGAACAAUCAAUCCUGUCAUUCCUUAAUACAUUGGCAAUAAACGAAACUAUCAGACACUUGGAAGUUGACUCUUACAGCAGGAUAUCAAGUGAGAUUUCAUCUAAAAUCAAUGAACAAUAUCUUAACGAAUAA